AUGGUACCACGAGUAGUCGAUGGCUGUUCAUGUAUCAAUGUCACUGGUUGUCCACGACCAGCAACUAUCAACAACACACAAGGUGACACAUUGAUUGUUCCUGGUAUGAUUAUCGAUUGUUUGUUGGUUGAUGGUACUCUUGCAUCAACACUCGAAUGUUAUUACAAUCAAUCAUGUUUAUCUCUUUUACAUGGAUCAUUGUCAAUAAAUGUCGCUCCUCUAUCAAACACUGCGAAUGUGCAAUUUUCAUCGAAUUCGACUGUUCAAUCACUUGUUGAACAGCUAAUGAUCAAUGAUCUGAAAAUUGACAUUGCUUUUGAUUUAUUCUACAAUUACUGUCGACCAUUGGUAUGUUACUAUUAUUAUUCGAACCGUUUUAAUGUGAUAUUCAUUUUGACAACAAUAGCUGGAGUGUUUGCAAUAUUAUCAUCAGUAUUACGAUUUUGUGCUGUUGUAUUUGCAAAAGCUAUUUUACGUUACAAAGAGAAGAUGAAUGCGAAGAAAAGAGCAAUUGAUCGAGUCGAACGUGAUCAAGAGCAGCAAAGUAUGCUUCCUAUUCCAUAUUCUAUUUGA